CCGACCGCGACGCCCGUACGCUCGGCGCCGCGACGCCCACCUCCGAACAUCGCGAAAAAAGUUUACACACGAAACUUUCCAAAAGACUUUCCUUUCAACCCGAACGUUGUUGAACUGGAACCGUCUACACCCUGCUAAAGCGCGAAGUGACCCUUCAGCAAACCGGAUCGGCAAUAUCACCCAAACGGGUUUAGUGUCGGACCCGGGACCCUGCCGUGCCAGGACUUUCGUGAAGUGCUAACUUGAUUUUCAGAGUGCAGUGUUCAGUGUAAGUGACUGGAUUUUCGAUCUUGUCCCAUUUAAGGAAGACUGGACUGAUUCAAGAACAGUUCUUAAGGUCGGCGACUGCAACCGUGCUGUUAAAAGUUUCAGUGAGUACCACAACGCUGUUAAACGAGUGACCAGAACCUGUUUGGAAUGUUAAAAUUUUAACAGAAUUCGUCGACAGAGCAUGCCGCCCCCUGGUUCGUGAACAUGAGCAGCCGUCCGGCGGGGGGGCAGCGCUGCCAGCUGAUCCUGCAGCGUUGCCUCGCCAUCCACCUCGCCAAGCCCGGCAACGCGCCUGAUGACUUCUGGAUGUACGACUCUGGCUACUUGCUCUUCCAGAGUUUCCUGGCAGCAAACGCGAAAUGCUGGUGGGCUGGGGCGUUGGCCGCGGCGACGGCGGAGCUUCGAUACGCGGGAUACGUGGCCCCGGGAGUCCUCUUGGUCGCGGGGGCCCCAAGAGCCCUCGAGACCGUGCGCGGGGCCUACUCGCGCUCCGUGCUCAAGCCCCCACCGACUUACCUCAUCUGUGGACUUGGUGACAUAGAAGACUGCAUAGUAACACCAGCAUACCAGGGGCAGUUCACACCACUGCCUGAAGCGCUCUGUGACUGCAUCAUGGACCUAACGUCACAGGGGCAAUCAGCGACAUUGGAGAGCAUAAGAACAUCCCUGUCAGCGAAGUUCCCGGCAAUGCAGACGCCAUCACAGGAGGUGGUCUACGACACCCUGGCUCAACUGAUGCAGGAGCGCAAGAUAUACCAGACGUCUAGAGGGUUCUUCAUAGUCACGCCUGAACGCCGGCGCUCCCGGUCUCGCUCGUCUUCCCGGCACCACUCCAACGGCAUGGAAGAAGACUGCCCUUCCCCAAGGACCAUCCUGAUGUCGGAUCAGGAAGCUUUACACCAGCUCUAUGGGGAGAUCACCACCGUCAGAGAUGGAGCCGUCACGCACCAAUGCGUCCAGACUAAUUUGGCCGAUGUCAUUUGUGGUGGGAACCCAAACGACAAGAUACUCUACGGGCGGCCAAACAAGCGUCGCAGCGCGUCUUUCCCCGCCCCCCGCUCGCUGGACCGGCGCCACUCUCUCCGGAUCUUCGGCUCCUCGUCCAAAUACCUCCAGCGCUGCGCAUCCACCAGGAGUCUCCACCAUAAGCAUGCUAAUACAACCGACAGCUCGUCUUCCACCGAUUACCCGCCCAGCGUCGAAUCUGCAUCGCCUAAGAAAGUGUCCCUGCUGUCCCGCUUAUUCAGACGAAGCGGCCGCAGCAAACAGACGCGCGCGAUGAGCACAUUCUCUGCGCAGUUCCCGCCCACGGAGUGGUUCAACUCCAAGGCGGUGCACCUCCACUGUGUCGCCACGCAGACCAAUUCAAAGGAGUCGUUGCAGAGUCAAACAUCCUACGUGUCAUCGUAUUAUGACGGUUCAGAGAUCAGUAAUCGGUCGUCGACGCUGCCGCGGAGGCACAAGCGCCACCUCUCCACCGAGUCCGGCCUCGCAGGCUCUGUCCACUAUGACCAUUCGCCCAUCAGACAGUCCAGCCCUAGCUCCGGCAGUCUUCCACGGUCAACGCUGAGUAGAAGUUCCACCAACAAGACAAUCCUUGACCAUUUUGGAUCACCGCAACGGGGCAGUGACCCUAAACUCAGAGACAGCCCCAGCGGAAGCCUACGUAGGGUCGACUACUCCCAUUCAGAUCACAUAAUGUCCACCAGCGGACCAUCUAGCUUAGAAAGUACAACCACGCAACGCACACCUAGAAAGGACAAAACCCAAUCAGAUCAGAACUCGCCCAUGAAAAGGAGCUACCACACAAACAGCAGCAGUGGCCACUCCAGUUUAGAAUCGCACAUAUCAGAUCGCACACUGAAGCCUUCUCCUAGUCAUAACACGCAUAGCGCACCAGGUUUAAGCAGAGCACAAUCACUUGUCAAAGUUCAGAGCUUACAAAGCUCUCCAAAAAGUCUGCACAAAUACAGAACAAAACCACCCAUGGUUGGAGGCGAAACGGUAAAAAACGGUAAAAACACUUCACCCAAAACAUCGCCAAAAAACUGCCCGAGCACCCCAAAAAAAACCGCGACCCCUUUGCAUAAUAAAACAUUAGGAAACAAAGUUGAAAACCCUACAAUGAUGGCGACAUCCAAUUCGAAUAAUUCGAUCACUUUAAAAGUUACCACGAACACGAUAUCACAGAACGGCGGUACGAACACCAAAGUUUAUGUACAAAAUUCACCAGUAAGAUCCGUCAUCACGUUUGAGAAUGGUAAAGUCACGGAGACUAGCAACGGAAGCAACAUUUACAUCAUCAACGACGACAGACAAGUUGUGUCUGUCCAGAAUGGGGUUACGAAUCAAACGAGCAAGAAUCCGACCGAAACAUCGUUCGAUGUUUGUGUGGAGAAAAACAAACAGAAGUUCCAGGAACCGGAACCGAUUAAAGUUCAGGAAAAUAAAUUCAACAAGAAUUCGAUGAACGAUACGGGUAUGAACAACAAUCGGAAGCUCUCGUUGCAAAUAGGAGGCGCUGCUAAUAACAACAGCUUUAUUUACAAAAACCAGCUGAACAAUACAAACGAGGUCACGUCGAAUCCCGCUUCGCCGGCCAUCCAUAACAAUAUUCAUAACUUAGAAACCACAACCGCCAGCAAUCCAUCAACGCCCACGAAAAGCUACGACAAUAUCAUAGGCUCAUUGGGUAGUCUCAGAUAUCAAAAGAACUCAUUGUCUUCCACAAAUGGUGGACUGCAGGCAAAUAUAAAUUCGAACAGUGAAUUAAAAAGCGUUGAUUUAUUGAAGAAGGCUGCAGCAUUACAAAUGUUAAAUGGACUUCCGAACGUCAACAAUAGGAUGAGUUCUGAGUCGAUAGCGAACUUGUUAACUAAGGGUAUGGAUCAGAAACCUACGGUGUUGGGUUCGGAACCCAACUUAGCGCUUAAGAAUCAAGAACCUGUAAAGGAUAUUAACACGUCUACUGAGAAACUGAACUGCUUAGAGAAUAAGCAGAAGAGGUACAGCCUCAGUCAGGAGAGUAAAAAGGAGAACCAGGAUUUUUACAACUUCCCGAGCUUGAGCGAUUUGAGCUUUAAUUUUACUAGUUUAGCCGCUCAGAAGAUAUUGAAAGGGGUCAGUAUAAACAGUGUAGAUACGCUUGUCGAGCUCAACAUGGCAGCAAACAAUUCGGAGAAGCAAAACAACCGUGAGGUAGCUGCCGUCUGCACGGACUUCGGUCUUGUAUAGUAUCAUCUAACUAUUGUUAAUUUUGUUAAAAUGUACAAUAUUAGUGUUAACACAGAUGUAAGGUAGUUAGUUGUGUAACUUAUUCGUAACUACUUUAACAUGCUCUAGAUACGCACUACGUUUAGUUUGAACCUUGUACUCGUUUUUAGAUUUUGUACUCCCAAUUUAUCAAAUUAUCUUUUAAUACCUAUAUCCUUCUAAUGAAUUUGUUUGUCUACUAACUUAACGAGAAUAUCUUCUUAGAAAUUAUGUAACGCAGUAUUCAUAUUCCAUGUAAUCUUCGAGCCGUAUUCAGUAAAUUCUUAGUUUGUAGCUCAGAGGAGUUAACGGGACAAUAAAAUGUAUACCAUCAGGUGGCCUAAUAUUUGGAAAACUUAGUGCCUGAGUCAAUUGCAAUAAUGUAAUUUCGAUUUAAAUUUUAGCAGUAAUAACCUCACUAGUAGCACAUAUCUUCAUCACACUAAUAAUUCAUAAUUUUAAUUAGGAAAUGUUGCCCUGAUCAGCACCCACUCGUGCCAUCACCUCCAGUGAAGUUGAGUACAAACUAGAAUACAUCUCCAAUAAACAGAGUCCAUCCAAAACGGGAAUUUAUAGGAACAAUAUGUAAAAUGUAUGUCAUGUUUAAGUGCCAUAAAAACCAUAGUAUUACGCUUGAGGUCGGCGAACCAGGCAAAAGGAAUUGAUAAUGGUACAUUGGUCCGUUGUAACAAGAUUUGAGGUGGUGUGGCAGUUUUGUAGAAUAUCAACACAACUCAAACAUCACAAACAGAGAUGUGCUGUUCCUGAGAAUGUUCACAAGGUGGAAAUGUUCUCGUUGUAAAAACUCUUUAAUAAUAACGAUGCUGGCCGCUUCUUUCAAAUUGAUCUUUUUUGUACUCUGGUCUUAUUUGCCUAAAGGUUAGGUAAUGAAGGGUGGUAUUAAUAAACUAAUCUCUGCUUUGAGACUGCCCUCAAGAUCAUGUCAUGUGACAGUUCUUAUAUAAAAACAGCGACUUGAGCAUCAUCUUGAGGGCAGUCUCAGCUGAGAUUGAUUUGUUAAUACCACCCUAGGUUCUUUAUGCAUAAGUUUUGCGCAUUAUUACUGCCGAAAACGCUCCCAAAAUGGGAAAAUUCCCGGGAAUUGCACAUCACUGAUCACAAAGGAGUUUUAGAAACUUUACAAUGUACAGUCAUGAGCAAUAUCAUGUACCCACUUUAGAACCCUGUCGCACUAUCAUAUUUGACAUUUAGUGAGACUUACGGUUUAAUUUGUCAAAAAAGUUAAUGUGACAUGGUUUCAAAGUGUAUACAAUUAGUACUCGUGACCGUACUGUAAUCUAUAAACACGGCAUGUAAUGUCUUGAUGGGUUUAAUGUGGACAAGUACUAAUUUCUAAAAAGGAUAUUUCUAAAUGUAAAGUUUCCUCCUGUAUUUUCCAACACUGCCACACACCGUCAAAUAGGUACAGAAACGAUAAAGGGUAAUAUUUAUUCAUUAGGGAAUGUAUUCGGAAGUCAAUGCAUACUAGUUUAAGUGUCCAGUAACGCCAUUUGUAAAAAUGUAUUAACAAUAUAAGUUGAUGCUUUAAA